AGCAGCUCGCUGAGCAUGAGGCUGCUGGUCGACGCCAAGGCCGGGCGCGUGCUCUACGCCGAGGCCGGCAAGGACGUCGUGGACCUCCUCCUCUCCUUCCUCACCCUGCCCCUCGCCACGGUCGUCAAGCUCCUGAGCGCGGACGCCAUGCCCGGCUGCGUCGCCAACCUCUACGGCAGCGUCGAGCGGCUGGACGCGGCCUACGUCCGCUCCGCCGACGCCAGGGCCGCGCUGCUCGCGCCGGCCGGUGGGUACGAGAGCGGGAGGCUCCUCCAGCUGCCAGCCGCCGCCGCCGCGGUGCCGGCGCCCGCCGCCGUGGAAGUCUACCAGUGCGGCAAGGGCGGCACCGGCGACUGCUACGGCUACGUGGCCGCGGUGAGGAGCACGCCGUGCCGCCACUGCCGAGGCGCGAUGAACGAGCCCAUCGAGCUCGUGGGCAGCUCCGGCGGCGGCGAGACGGAGACGGCGGCGGCUUCGGUCUCUGAUCUUGCCGGCACGGGGUUCGUGAAGGAGGUCGUGAUGUACACGGUCAUGGACAACCUCCAGGUCGCGCCCAUGUCCACCAUCUCCAGCAUCGCCGCCCUCAACGCCCUGGGCAUCACGGACAUCAGCUCGCUCCAGGAGGGAUGUAGGUGUCAUUCUAAGAGUGAUAAUCUGAUGAGCGCCAUUCGUUAUAAUGGUAAAAAUGUAAAAGCCCCGCUCCAGGAAAAGUCUGUUCGAGUGGGGUACAACGAGGGAUUGGAGAUGCUGAGAGCGUCGCUGCAGUCCAAGACCGUGCUCACGGACAUCUUCCUCGGGAAGAAGACACGGGAGGCUGCCGCCGCGCCUUUGGAGAAGAAGAACCUGGAGAUGGCCGUUGCUACUGUUCCCAGUGAUGUGUGA